UAAAACCAGAUAGAGAGUGUGUUUUAGAGAGAGAAGCAGAAGAAAUCAUUUAAAAAGGGCAGCGCCACCAACGACCAACCCUCUCAUGAAGUCAGGACUUGAAACCUCCUCCAUCACUUUCCACUUGCAAUUCAACACCCACUUCUGACUUGACUUCCUCCCACUUCUCCCCUCUCUCUCUCUCUCUCUCUUUCUCUCCUCCCACUGCUCAUUCACUGCAUCGCAAAAUCUCAAUUUCUGCGAAUUCGAUCCGUCUUUGCUCCGUAAUCAGCUUUUGAGCUGCUUGUACAGCUUAAAAAAUGGGAUCGGGAUCGGGAUCAUGGCACGUGGAGAAAAGAAACAGCUUCCGAGGCGAACCCGUUAGAGACAUUGAUCAUGUGCUCGAAAAUGGGUCUCUCUCGAUCAUCGUGCUUGGCGCUUCCGGUGAUCUUGCCAAGAAGAAGACUUUUCCGGCGCUCUUCAACCUUUAUAAGCAGGGAUUUCUGCUACCUGAAGAAGUUCACAUUUUUGGAUAUGCAAGGACUAAGAUUUCUGAUGAAGAGCUAAGAAACCGCAUACGUGGGUAUCUUGUCCGUAACAAAGGAGCUUCACCCAAGGACGUGGAAGAUGUAACCAAUUUUUUGCAACUGAUCAAAUAUGUAAGUGGUUCUUACGAUGGUGAGGAAGGAUUUCGCCUGCUUGAUAAGGAAAUUUCAGAUAAUGAAAUCUCAAAGCAUAGUGCGGAAGGAUCAUCCCGCAGGCUCUUUUAUCUUGCACUUCCUCCAUCAGUAUAUCCCUCUGUCUGCAGGAUGAUCAGGCAUUAUUGCAUGAAUAGAUCUGAUCUUGGUGGAUGGACUCGUAUUGUUGUUGAGAAGCCUUUUGGCAAGGAUUUGGACUCUGCAGAGCAACUGAGUAAGCAGAUUGGGGAGUUGUUCGAGGAACCACAAAUUUACCGUAUCGAUCACUAUUUGGGGAAGGAAUUGGUGCAGAAUCUGUUAGUACUUCGUUUUGCAAAUCGAUUCUUUUUGCCCCUUUGGAACCGAGACAACAUUGCGAAUGUACAGAUUGUGUUUAGGGAGGAUUUUGGAACUGAAGGUCGUGGUGGAUAUUUUGAUGAAUAUGGAAUUAUCCGCGAUAUUAUUCAAAAUCAUCUCUUGCAGGUUCUAUGCUUGGUUGCCAUGGAAAAACCUAUUUCCCUAAAGCCUGAGCAUAUACGGGACGAGAAAGUAAAGGUUCUUCAAUCAGUAAUGCCAAUUGAGGAUGAUGAAGUUGUUCUUGGACAAUAUGAUGGCUACACAGACGAUCCAACUGUUCCUGACCACUCAAACACUCCAACCUUUUCAACCGUGAUUCUGCGAAUCCACAAUGAAAGAUGGGAAGGUGUUCCUUUUAUACUAAAGGCUGGGAAAGCAUUAAAUUCAAGAAAGGCAGAAAUAAGAGUUCAAUUUAAGGAUGUUCCUGGUGACAUAUUCAAAUGUAAGAAGCAAGGGAGGAAUGAGUUUGUAAUACGCUUGCAGCCUUCAGAAGCCAUGUACAUGAAACUUACGGUCAAGCAGCCUGGACUCGAGAUGGCAACUGUCCAAAGUGAAUUAGACUUGUCAUAUGGGCAACGUUAUCAAGGGGUAACUAUCCCGGAGGCUUAUGAACGUCUAAUUCUUGACACAAUAAGAGGCGAUCAACAACAUUUUGUGCGUAGAGAUGAGUUGAAGGCGGCAUGGGAAAUCUUCACACCGCUUCUGCACAGAAUUGACAACGGUGAGUUAAAACCGCUUCCAUACCAACCAGGCAGUCGGGGUCCUGCAGAAGCGGAUGCACUGCUAGAAAAAGUUGGAUACGUACAAACACAUGGCUACAUAUGGAUCCCUCCUACCUUGUAGAAUGCUCGCCUUCCUAACUUCCGGCCCGGACUUGCUCUUAUGCAGUGUGCCUUAAAAGUGUUGUUUUUACAUUGCAAGCUUUUAUAAGCUAUGCAAUCAGAAUAAGAGAGUGUAUAUCAGAAUAAGAGGGUGUGUAUUCGAAAGACCUAAACGCCAUGUUUUUUCGAGGAUGUGAAAUGUUGAAAUUCCAUAUGUCAUGUACAUUCGUUCGA